CGCGGCGGCAGCGGCGGUCGGUGGCGGCGGCGGCAGCAGCGGCAGGAUGACGGCGAACGGGACGGCGGAGCCGGUGCAGAUCCAGUUCGGGCUCAUCAACUGCAGCAACAAGUACCUGACGGCGGAGGCUUUCGGCUUCAAGGUCAACGCCUCGGCCGCCAGCAUGAAGAAGAAGCAGAUCUGGACGCUGGAGCAGGACGGGGAGGACUCCACCGCCGUGCUGCUCAAGAGCCACCUGGGCCGGUACCUGGCAGCCGACAAGGACGGCCGGGUGAGCUGCGACAGCGAAGAGCCGGGUCCCGACUGUCGCUUCUUGGUGGUGGCUCACGGCGACGGGCGCUGGUCGCUGCAGUCCGAGCCCCACCGCCGCUUCUUCGGCGGCACCGAGGACCGGCUCUCCUGCUUCGCCCCCGCCGUCUCGGCUACCGAGAAAUGGAGCGUCCACUUGGCCAUGCACCCCCAGGCCAACCUCUACAGCCUGGCCCGCAAGCGCUACGCCCACCUGGGACCCCGCCGCGAUGAGCUGGCCGUGGACCGCGACGUGCCGUGGGGCGUGGACGCCCUCAUCACCCUCCUCUUCGUGGAGCAGCGUUACAGCCUGCAGAGCUGCGACCACCGCCUGCUCCGCUGCGACGGCCGCCUGGUCCCCGCCGCCGAGCCCGGCACCGCCUUCACCCUCGAGUUUCGCUGCGGGAAGGUGGCCUUUCGCGACGGGGAGGGUCGCUACCUCGCCCCCUCGGGACCCAGCGGCACCCUCAAGGCGGGCAAGAGUGCCAAGGUGGGCAAGGAUGAGCUCUUCGCCCUGGAGCAGAGCUGCCCGCAGGUCGUGCUCCGAGCCGGCAACGACAGGAAUGUUUCCACCCGGCAAGGGAUGGACCUCUCGGCCAACCAAGAUGAGGAAGGUGACCAGGAGACCUACCAGCUGGAGAUCAACAAGGACACCAAGAAAUGCGCCUUCAGGACCUACACUGGGAAGUACUGGACCCUCACCUCCAACGGGGGCAUCCAGUCCACCGCCUCCACAAAGAACGCGAGCUGCUAUUUCGACAUCGAGUGGUGCGACAAGCGCAUCACCCUGAAAGCUGCCAACGGCAAGUACGUGACGGCAAAGAAGAACGGGCAGCUGGCGGCCUCCAUGGAGACGGCGGGCGAGACGGAGCAUUUUGUGAUGAAGCUGAUCAACAGGCCCAUCAUCGUCCUCCGCGGCGAGCACGGCUUCAUUGGGUGCCGGAAGGUGACCGGCACCCUGGACUCCAACCGCUCCUCCUACGAUGUCUUCCAGCUGGAGUUCAACGACGGUGCCUACAACAUCAAGGAUGCCACCGGGAAGUACUGGAUGGUGGGGAGCGAGUCGUCCGUCACCAGCAGCAGCGACACCCCCGUGGACUUCUUUUUUGAGUUCUGCGACUAUAACAAAGUGGCUAUCAAAAUCAAUGGCAAAUACCUGAAGGGUGACCAUGCCGGGGUCCUCAAGGCAUCCGCCGACGCCAUUGACGCCUCCACCCUCUGGGAAUAUUAAUGCACUUUAGCGUACCUCCCAUUGCCAACUUUUCUUUCCCCUCCUUCAUCCUUUUUUCUUUUGGGUUUUGUUUCUCCUCUCUGUAAAAAGGAUUUUCAGACUGGCUUGCCCUUCCCUCCCUCCGUAGAGUCGGGGUGUUAUAUGGGAGGUGGGGCUCCACAAAUCUCUGUUAAGAACUGGAAAAGUGAUGGGGCAGCCUGCCUAUAGCUUUGUAGAGGGGUCUGUCCCUAUCCCUCCCCCCCUCCGCCUCCCUCCAGGUUUGCUGGGCUUGGAAACUGCCGUACACCCCUCCUGGCCCCAAGCAUCACCUUAGCUAGUUUAUUUUCCUCCCCUCAAUUGAAAAAAAAAAGGGAAUAAGAUCACCUCAUAUCAGCACUGGUGCCACCCCAGUCUGUGCUGCCAGGGGUCCCCGUCCCAUCCUGACCCGCUCCAACCAGGGGCAGAGCGAUGGUGCUGGGCUCAGCCGGCUCCUCCCGGCUCCCCCCCGGCAGCUUCUCUCCGCUCCCGGCUUUCGGAGCGGGAUUCAUCCCCAGCUGAGCCAUAAGAGGUGACCUUACGUAUCACAGCAUCCCCGGGGACAGGGCUGGCGCCUGCCGGCACGUGUCCCCGCGGAAGAGCCAGCAAGCCGACCCCCCCCCAAGCCCCCACUCCCCCAGUCCCUACCUGGAAAUGAUUUUUUUUUUUUAGGGUGAUCCUGUCUGGAAAGCCUCAGCCUUUCAUCUCGUGGAGCCCCGUGCUCUUUGCGUCCCUCUGCCCUUCCUUGUGCUUCUGGCUCUGGAAGAGCAUCGUAGACCCCGAAGGUGGGUCCGGCCUGGCUGGUCCUGCUGCUGCGCCUGGCAGGGGAUGGCGGGGGGGGGGGAUGCAGAGCAAGCCCGUGCCGGGGGUGGGGGGGCUUCAUCCAGCCCACCUCCAGCACCAACAGGCUGCGGCCCCCACAGCAGCCUGGCUGGCGGACGCAACCUCCCCUGGGCGGUGGCUGGAAGCAUAAACUGCAGAUUUUGGUUUACAGAAUAGAAAAGUUCCUUAGCAAACUUUGCACAGUGAUAUUUGCUCAGUACCUUUGUUUUGUGGUUUUUUUUGUUUGGUUUUUUUUUUUUUUUCCUUUUUUUUUUCUUCUUCUCUCAUAAAAUACUGGAACAGUGAAGCAAAUCACUGAACACCUAAUGCUGACUUAGGAAGUGCCCAUUCCUGCGGGUUCCCCCCGAGGAGGGCAGCUCCCAGUCCUGCCACCCCUGGGGCACCUGGGCUCGGCUCUCACGCCAUUGCAACCCUACUGGAAAUUAAAAAAAAAAAAAAAAGAGAAAAAAAAAAAAAAAAAAAAAAAAAAGACCAAAACAGUAUUUUUGUUAGUCUCUAUUUAUAUAUGCUCUCCAUGGCACUGUGUUACCAGCUGUUGUCUGUACUAGGUCUGCAUUAGAGUAUAACGCUGUUUGUAACGGGUGAUGCUGACGUGUUCAUUAGGGUGUUGAAAGGCACUUUAUCCUUUUGGGGCCUUCCCAGGGCUGGUAUUUGCUCCCUGCAGAUACACCAAGGAGCCUUUUCCCCCCCACAGGCGCCUGCUGGGGAGGAGGGGGCAGCGCUGCUGUGCCCCCCUGCCCCCCAGCCCACGCCAAGGGUGCUCACGGCAUCGCUGCCGUGCCAAACCAGGGCCGGUCCCUCUCGCCGGAGGCGAGGCAGGGGCUACGUCAGCCUUAAAGCCAUGUGGAGGGGGUGACCCUUCCUAGGAGCUUGGUGCUAAAACUCUCAGCGGGGAGAGCGAGCGACCCGUCCCCUGCCAGGGGGGCGACUCUGGGCCGGGGUCCCUGGCCGGCGCGGGGGCUGGCGGCUGGGACUCUCCCUCGGCUCCGCGCGCGUGCGCACCCGCCCCGGGGAACCACGCUGCCCCUCGAAGGACCGAGUGUCUUGAUGAAGCCCUGAGUGACCCUGUGACUUGCCACACACUUUUCGCUGGCCUUCACCCCCGCUCCCUCCCCGCCCCGUGUCGCUGCCUCCCCGUCCCCCCGUCGCAGUUCGAACCAUGUAACUCCCGCUCCGGCUUCUUCCGUGUGACACUAGGUCAACAUCUCUCCUGUCUCCUCUUACCGGGUGUCGUGACUCUCUGAAAACAUCUCACUCUGAAAAUUUAAGUUUUGGGUUUGUUUGGGGUUUUUUUUUUUUUGGUUUUGGCUUUUUUUUUUUUUUUCCUUAAUUAUUUUUUUUGUAAGUGCCAUUUGUAUAACUUAAAAAAUAGCUUCAAAUGGAGAAAGAUGAAUAAAAAAUAAAACCUGCA